CGGCGAUUCCUCGGCUGCCGCUUGCCCAGUGCUUCCCGGUUCCGUGCCUCUGCGGAACGGCCGGCGGACCCUUGUGCCCACCUAAGCGCCGGGGCCUCCCCGACCGCCCUUUCCCGCAUUGCCCGGCCCGCUUCAGGGUCUUGGAUAUGGACCUUCUUCAAUUCCUGGCCUUCCUCUUUGCCCUGGCACUAUCUGGGACGGGUGCCAAAGGCACCCUGAGGACCACCCUGGAUCCGAGCCUGGAGAUCUACAAGAAGAUGUUUGAGGUGAAGCGUCGGGAGCAGCUGCUGGCACUGAAGAACCUGGUACAGCUGAAUGACGUCCACCAGCAAUACAAGAUCCUCGAUGUCAUGCUCAAGGGACUCUUUAAGGUGCUGGAGGACUCCCGGACGGUUCUCAUCGCUGCUGACGUGCUCCCAGAUGGGCCCUUCCCCCAGGACGAGAAGCUGAAGGAUGCUUUCUCACAUGUGGUGGAGAACACAGCCUUCUUCGGUGAUGUGGUGCUGCGCUUCCCAAGGAUCGUGCACCACUACUUUGACCACAACUCUAACUGGAACCUCCUCAUCCGCUGGGGCAUCAGCUUCUGCAACCAGACGGGCGUCUUUGACCAGGGACCCCACUCGCCCAUCCUCAGCCUGAUGGCCCAGGAGCUGGGGAUUAGCGAGAAAGACUCUGACUUCCAGAACCCAUUUAAAGUAGACCACGCAGAGCUCAUCCCUAGCACUGACCCUUUCCAGAAGGCCCUGAGAGAAGAAGAGAAACGCCGGAAGAAGGAGGAGAAGCGGAAAGAGAUCCGAAAAGGCCCACGGAUCUCACGAUCCCGGUCCGAGUUAUAGCUCUGGAACAGCUCAGGAGGAGUCCAUUUGGGCAGAAGAGGAGGAGGUGGCAGCACGGCCAGGUGCAGCAGAUCAUCUAGAUGGUGAGAACCGGCCCCGGCGAGAUGGGGGGGCUGCAUUUGCUCAGCCCCCCGGGAACCGGGUCUGAGCCCCAGCUGAAGGGACUACACCUCAGAGGGCUGGAUUCCAGUCCCCGGGGCCUCCCUGGAGGGGCUGCUGGGGGGGGAUGUUGUGCUGCAGACAUGGCCCUGUGGAGACUGCUGGGGGGAGGCAGGAGGGGUCCCUGAGCUGGACCACCUGUGGAUGGGGAUUGCAGGUGGUGGGGGCAGCAGACCAGGCUCAGCCAUGUCCAAAGGUGACUCGCCUGCAGCUGUCCCCACUGGGCUGCCUGGUAUAGCGGCCCCUCCCCUCUGCAGAGACACAAUAAAAGCCAGCAAACCCUCUGGACCAACCAAGGCUGGUUUAGGCCCCAGGGAGCUGCCAGCCCCUCCAGAAGGCAGGUGGCGAGGACCAGGGGUCAUCAGUAAUUAGAGACCAGCUUGGAGUGCCCGUGGUGGAGAGUCAGUGUUGGGAAAGGACCUGGAAGUGUCCUGGGAGGUUGUUUAGUCCAAGAUGACCUUGGAGCAAUGCCAACUCUGUCCUCAAAUAUCUGAGGGAUGGUCACUGAGCAGGGCAGGAAAGUCAGCCUGUCCUCUCGGGGUGGAGGCUGUAGGAGGGCGGAGGGGGCUGUGCUCUGUAGCAGCAGGGCCCCUGAGCUCUCUGUCCUGGGAGAGACGCAAGCAGCGGCCUGAGGCCGGGGCAGGGAAGCUACCGAGGGAGUUACCCCGAGUAGGCAGCGAGGUUUCUCUUUGGUGGUGCCUUCCCAAGCAGAGGCGGGAGAGGGCAUGGUGGGAAUUCUAGCUCUGCCUCUUUGGCCUUGCCAAGCCUGGGAGGGUCUGCCUGCCAUCCCCAGAACCCCACCACUGCAGCUUCAUUGGUAGAAUGGAUUUGGUGGCUCCUAAGACCCUGCCCAGCCUUCACCUGGUUCUCUGAGGCUAGGGCCUGGCCAGUCUCCCUCCCAGCAGCUCUCCCAGAAUGCACAUUCCCAGGGCAGUGAAGGGAAGACCUCCUGGAAGGGCCCAGAACAUCCUGCAACAUCGGUCACUCAGGAGCCAGGAGAAGCUAGGGGACAAGAAGCAGCUGGAGGAGAAUGAGUGGGGGGAGCUGGGAGGAGGUCUGCCCACCAGCCACCUGGCCCCCUCCCUGGACAGGUGGUGGGAGUCACUCCACAGGCCUGGGUUCUGUCCUCAGCUUUGGCCCCCAUCCCCACCUGUGACCCCAGCCACUGUUCUGUGAGGGCGACAUGAGGUGACAUGCUGGAGUUUAUGAACUGAACGCUCUAUCGCGGGAAACGGUAUGAUCCCCUGGGUCAGCUGUUCAGCCAUUUAACCUGUCCUGGUGCCAGCAGGUGGCCCUCCCCUGGGAGGGGACCGGGCAGUCACUGCCCUCGCACGCUGGAGAGUGGUUGUGGUUGCUGACUCACAGGGAAGGUUCCUCCCUUCCCCUUAACUGGGAGAGGACUUUCUAAGAACCAGGCCUACUUGGCAGCAGACCUGGCUUUCUUGGGUGGUGACCCCAGCCUGGAGGGAUCAGAGCAGAGGCUGGAGGGCACCCUCAGGACAGCGCGGAGGAGGUUCCAGCUUUGGAUGUCUGACUGAGUGUCUUCAGGUGCUCUGUCACCAUGGAAUUUGGGUCCUUUGAAGCAGAGCUGAGGUGCUGCCUUCACCGCGGGCAUUGAUGAGGGGUGCAGUCCAAUGGGGUGGGGGACCCAUGCCACCGGAGACCAGCCUCAGCUCUGCCUCUUCCUGGCUGUUGUCAUCAGAACCAGCACUUCUCACCCUUGACACUCGGAUCAUCAGUUUCCCCAUCUCAGACUGGGAUGGUAAUGCCCACCACCUGGUAGGGCAAUAAAAUAAGAGCCUGCCUGGGAAUGCCUAGAAGGCAUCUGCUGGCCAGGGAUUUGAGUGACUUGUCAGUGAUGGGUGCCCUCCUCUGUGGUCCUUUAUUCGUCCAUCCCAUAGAAGUGCCAAGCACCCUCUGUAUGCAGAGCCGAAGGGAGGGCCCAGCCUCAACCACCUUCCCCUCUGCCCCUCUGACAGCCCCGUCUCCCUGGACUCUUCCACCUACACCUUCUGGCUCCCCCUGUCUUGGUUGAUUCCUUCUUCUCCACCCUCACAUGGCCCCAGUUUCCUCGUCUGACACCUUCAAGGACACAAACAGAACCACUCUGCUCGCCCCUCCUUCCCUUGCAGCCAUCAUUGGUUGCUGUGGUCCACUUAUUCCCAGAAGCUCUGCCCUAGGGGUCUUGCUGCAGGCACAGCCCACCUGCCUUCCACCCUGGGCUCGUCUGCUCAGCCUCCUGGCUGCCGGGUUCCGUCGUAUGACUGAAGUCCAGAUGCACUGGCCUGUGAGGGGGGUCAGGCAGGGCGGCAGGGGCUUCAGUGGGGGUGGGUCUAGUGGCCAGUUGGGGCCAGUGUCAGGAGUGUCCACUGGUGGCAACAUUGGUGUUUUCAGUGUAGUGUUGUCUGCUGAGCCUCCAGGCCUGGUCCCUGGCACCCCUGGAAGGUCUGGGAGUUCCCCCACAGCCUUCAGAGCAGGGUUUCUCAUCGGGGGCAUUGACGACAUUUGUGGUUGGAUCAUUGGUUGUGUGGCAGGGAUGGGGUGGGAUGGAAGGUGUCCUCUGUGUUGGGGGAUGUUUAGCAGCAUCCUUGGCCUAUAGCAACCUUCCAGUUAUGACAAUCAGAAAUGCCUGCAGAAUUGCCACCCCCGCCCCCUGCGUUGAGAACCACUGCUGUAAGGAAUUUCAUCUUAUGCUUUAAUUAGUCAGAGCUGGUUUCUGCAUUGUAGAAAGGGCAGCUGGACCUCCCUGUGUCCCAAGCCCUUCCCCCUCCUUAUUCCAGCCCCAGGCCAGUUCUUCUUCCUCCCCUAUCAUCGCCCUCCAGGAGGGAGGUGUCCUUGAUGUUUCUUUUGUCCCAGGCUUCUGGGCUGGGCCACCUCCUGUGGCCUGUGUUGUCCUGUUCUCUGCGCUUGCUCUGGGCCUGCUGUAUCUUUUCUUGAUUCCUCUUUCCUCACCUGCCCUUUCGAUGAAUUUUUUUUUUUUUUUUUUU